UGUUCAAAUGGAACUUCUAGACUGCAUGAGGGAAAUUGUUGCUUUUUUCUUUUUAAUCCAGUGGACAACUUCAGACAGCAGUUCUCUCGGUAUAGUUGCCACAUGUUACAAAGAUGAGCAUGAAAUACCCAAUGAAUGGUUUGAAAACCAUAAAUCUAACCCUUCACCCUUACAUGAGCUGACUGCGGAGCUGAGUGAAUCUCAAACCUCUCUCAUUAUAAGAUGGUCCAUUAAUAUUGAUAGCAGCAUUCGCAGUGUUAUUGGCACAUGGAUAACACUUUCUAGAGAGUCUGACUCACAUUACAGAUGUCAGUACCAGCCUCCAUUUACCUCCGAGCGAAUCAACCUCACUGGUCAAGAACAGUUAUGGUUCAGUUUCACUGUGCCAAAUGUAUCUGUUUGUCCUUCAACCAGUUAUUACAUAUCUGCCUAUAAUAUUCCAACACCGUCUGAUGGAGCGAAUGAAGAAUAUGAAAAGAAGACCCGAACAGCUGAAGUUCAGUGGAAUGCUGACAUUUAUUCAGUGCUUCAUGGAGAUAAAAUAGUGGUGAGGUUCAAUACGAGCCUCGUGGCGGACAGACACACCAUCGUACUGACAAACAGCACACAUCUACUGCUAAAACCUGUUGGAGGGAAAGGGGAAUGCAAAGUAGAAAAAUGUGAAGUGGAACUAGAAUACAUGGAAUACAUGGGUCCCUGUGAAGACCUUAAGAUAUGGAUAAAGCCUCACUUUAAAGACUGUCAGAAAGCAAGUGAAUCGGAGGCUCAAAAAGUGAACUGUCCGAACAGAUCUGCUUUGGACAUUGGUGUUGGAUGUGUGCUGGCGCUUCUCUUCGUGCUUCUCUGUUGCUGCAUCAUGUGUCAAAGCUUCCGCUGGGUUCGUGGCUCGAGGCGCGCUGCGUCCGUGCGCGUGCUGCUCGUGUACCCUGCAGUAGACAGUGUGUUCCAGCGCUCUGUGAUGCUCCUGGCUGACAGUCUGCAGAGUCGUGGUGGAGUAUGCGUCGUCAUCGACAUGUGGGAGAGAGGAAGCCUAGCAGAACAAGGGCCGCUCCGCUGGCUCAACACACAGGCCGAUCUCUCCGAGAGAGUGCUCCUCAUCUCACCACCUCAACACUCACACACCGACGAACUUAAAUCCAAACUAGUUCCUGGCAUGCCAGAUGACACAGUUUCAGCUUCUGCCAGCAAUCUUUUUGCCCUGGCCCUCAACCUCGUUACCAGUGCUGCCCAUGACCCACACGGCCGGGACAAGUUCUGGGUCAUCAACCUGGAGCAUGAUGAGAAGAGCGUGCAGACCGAGCUCAGAGGCUGCAGGACGUUCGUUCUGCCGAGAGACUUGAAGAAGCUCCAUCGGCAGCUGUUGAGUGGAGAGGUCCAGAGCCCAGCGCUGCUGGGGUGCUUCUACUGCAAAAACACCCUGGAGCAGCUGGAAGAAAAUACAGACUUCCCGUCUUGUGCAAAGUCUGUCAGCCUGGCUUAAUCCUACAAACAGGGCAAAAAUCCUUAUCUCUCGUCCUAUUAAGUGACUUUGUGUUUAUUUUCUAUUGCGUUUAUCCUAAAAGAUAUGGAGCCAGACCUGCUCCUGAGCUGUUCUCCUUCCUUCAGGCUUCAGUUUCAACUCUGCUUCAACACACCUGCCUGUUAUUUUCAUUCAUUAUGCAGAUCAGCAUCAGAAUCAUGAAAUCUGCCCUUAUCUGUACUCUGAGCUGGUUUGUCUGGUUUGCAGUGACCUUGUUUAGUGUGAUGCGUGGACUCUGACCACUUCAACAUUCAUAUGAUCUCCUGCACAUGUAACUGAACUGAAGGCAUAACUGAUCCAGCUCUUCGUGGUUUAAUAAAAGAAAGCUUUUCAUUUCUUCAGCUGUGCCUAUGGAAGCAUUCUUAUGCUGGAAUAGAGGAUCCUAAUGAAGGUCUGCUAACUUGUGUAAAACAUCACAUACACUGCACAAUGUAGGCUAAAGUUCAGGCUGCUAACCUCAACACCUCUGCUUUGAGCAAACACUGACUGUUUGUGUCACAAAUAAACAGCUGAACUCAACCCGGUUCUGGAUUCAUUUACACAUCUGACUUGCAUUCCUUCUGAAGCGACUUACUCCGGGUCAGUGUUGGAGAUAGUAACUUUUGCAUUACAUUAUUGUGUUACUCCCUAAAAAGUAACUAAUUGUGUUACUUAGUCACAUUUUACAGAAAAUGCAUUAUGUUAUUUCUGCGUUACUUUGUCUAAUCUGGGAUGGGCUUGCUUGUUAAGUUUUUAAUAUUAAAAAGUUGUAUUUUUGACAAAUGUAAAAGUCAUUUUUGCUUAUUAGUAUGGUUGAAUUGGAUCAUCGAAGGUGGAAUGAGCUGCCGACCUCCUGAACUGCUGAGAGCAUCAUAACGUUCAAGCAGCAGCUGAAGACACAGCAUUUCUUCAAGCACUUAACCACUCCAACUGCCUUAAAGCAAUGCCCUAUACACACACACAAAUAUCCUAAUAAUCUCUGAAUCACUCCGCUGCUCUAGCCUUGGUACUAAUCUAGCCAUCUAAUAAA